GACUGCGUGAGGAAGAUGGCGGCGGUUACCGUGGAGUGUACAGCUGCGGGAUAAAGUGUCGCUCCGGAGAUCGCUUUGUGUUCAGUAAAUUCCUUCUACUCUGCGUCUUCUCUGUCUCUCCUUUUCCCUCUGUGUCGAGCUACUGAAGACGCUUUUACCUUGCGGUCUUAUCCUGGGCCUUUGAAUACUGAGGCCAGCCUGCGGCUUGCCUUCCCUUGCCCCAGUUUCUCCUUUGGCUCCUGGGCUUGAGAUCCUCCACCUGCCCUAUCGGCCCCGGCCGUGUCUCCGGAUGGACGCGCACGGCAGCAACGUGCCCGCCUUCCUCACCAAACUGUGGACUUUAAUCGAGGAUCCCGAUACCAACGACCUGAUCUGCUGGAGUGCGAGUGGGAACAGUUUCCAUGUCUUUGACCAAGGACGUUUUGCAAAAGAGGUGCUUCCAAAAUACUUCAAACACAAUAACAUGGCUAGCUUCGUCCGGCAGCUCAACAUGUAUGGCUUUCGUAAAGUUGUGAACAUUGAGCAAGGUGGGCUUGUGAAACCAGACAAGGACGAUACAGAGUUUCAGCAUGUAUACUUCAUCCGUGGUCAGGAACAUUUACUAGAAAAUAUCAAGAGAAAGGUAACCAGUAUCUCGACUGUAAAGCCAGAGGAGAUAAAAGUCAGGUCUGAUGACGUCAGUAAAAUUUUAAAUGAUGUUCACAUCAUGAAAGGGAAGCAAGAAAACCUGGACUCCAAAUUGCUCACCAUGAAACAUGAAAAUGAAGCAUUAUGGCGUGAAGUGGCGAGCUUGCGACAAAAGCACGCACAGCAGCAGAAAGUUGUAAAUAAGCUGAUUCAGUUCCUGAUUUCACUUGUCCAAUCCAAUAGAGUCAUUGGGAUGAAGAGGAAAAUACCUCUCAUGUUAAAUGACAGUAGUUCAGCGCAUUCCAUGCCAAAAUACAGUCGUCCAUACUCUUUAGAACCGCUGCAAGAAUCAUCAGCACUGACGACUACCACAAAUUUUCCAGGAAAUAACUGCUAUUCACCUGACAACUCGACGUCCUCUGGCCCUAUAAUUUCAGAUAUCACCGAUCUGGCACAGUGCAGCCCUUCACUGUCCCCAUCACUUAACAUGGAAAGAACCAGUCCAAUGCUUCAUAUUAAAGAAGAACCUCCAAGUCCUACAACUAACCCAGAGGUUGAGGAGGUUAGUUCUGUUGUCACUGGCACUGAGGAACCCCUCUCACCAUCAACGUUUAUUGAUUCUAUUCUGGAGGACAAUGACACAAAUGCCACACAACCACCGCCCGAGGACCGGUGCCUCAGCGUGGCCUGUCUUGACAAUUUGAUUCAAGCCCAGCAGAUGUCAGAGGUCAAUUGUGUUAUCUCCAGUCUUUCCUCCUCUACUCACCCCAGAGCACUGAUAGGAAAUGAUUUCUCCAAUCACUUGGAUAGAAUUGAUUCGAGUUUGGAUAACCUACAAAACCUACUAUCAGGACAGACUUUCAAUAUGGAAUCCAGCACGCUUUUAGAUCUGUUUAACCCCUCGCUGUCUGCCAUUGACCUGAACUUGCCAGAUGUGGAGGGGAACCUAGAAGAAUCAACUUUGCAGAUGCAAGAUAUGAUGGGCUCUCAGGAUCAGAAAGAUACAAGCACUUUGGAUGCAGGAAAGCAAGUUGUCCAGUACAAUGCUCCACCUCUACUAAUGGUAGACACCAACACCAGUGAUACAGGGGACCUCCCGGUUUUAUUUGAGCUUGGAGAUUCUCCGUACUUCCAGCCUGAAGACAACUUAAACCUGGAUCCCACAGAUGAUGACCCACUGUCCCUCCUAUCAAGCAGCAACCUGUCACACACAAAGGAUCCACCCGUCUCCUAACUCCAGGAGAGCCUUCCCCCUACUUUCCUCCACCCAACCAUGCUCCAAACGCAUGGACUGUUUGUUCAGGGGAUGGCUUUCUUCUGCAGGAGAGAACACAGGAUGAGAGAGUGAAACUGUAUCUUUAAAUAUUUUAUUUUAACCAGUUUGCAUUUCUAGCCUGAUAAACUCUUAUUGCAAGUAGAGAACAGCCUGGGUUCAAUCACAGGGAAGUGUAUCAUAGGGAUCCUUCUCCUGUUAAGUCCCAACAUCAUUGAUUAAGGACAAGAUCAUUGAUUGCAGACAGCAAUUUCUUCAUCUUCAUUCUCCCUCUUAAAGCGACAAAGAGCAGUUAGACUCUAUUGCCCUAAUAACAAGUUCUGUUGGAGGAAGAUUUAGAAACCACUAUCACUUUUCUCUGAGUAAAGAGAUAUCGUUAUAUUAUGUUAAUUUCCGUUUUGUGUUGUCCCUACUCUCCACCCUUCCCUGCCCCUCCCCUGCCUUGCCUCCAAUGUCCUUGUUUUUGUAUAUUUACACUUUAAUCCAGUUGCUGAUAAGUGAAGAUGUAUUUUUGAUUCAUAUUAAAAAAAAAGGUUUUUUAAAAAAAGUUAAUAUUCUAGCUUGUACUGUAAAGCCUGCAAUGAUGUGGUAGAAAGGAGGUUUAUUUUUUUAUGCACUAUAUUUUGGAAGCUUACAAAAUAGUUUCACGAAGAAUCAGAAAUUGGAAUGUAGGGAAAAGGAUUUGACAGAUGAGUAUAAUCCAUGUGCUCUCAUUCUCUCACUUGUAAUUCACGUAUUCACAUUGAAGACAAACUCAAUGCGCUGAUUCCUUCUUUCCAGUGCUGGUAAUGGGUUGUUUCAAUGGCAGAGCAGUGGAACCUUGCCAUUAAUGUAACUGCUGUGUGGUUGGUCUUGGGGCCCACAAUCUCAGCUGACUUACUCAGCAGAGGUGAGGCAUGCAUCAACCUGCUCAAGUAGUCGUAGAUGAGUCCUUUUUAUUAAGAGGAAGGGCCCAUCUUUCAGAGGAAGUCAGGGCUUCCCCAAUUAUCACAGCAGCAUUUCUCUCUUCUGGGUGUCCAUUCCAUCCCCCAAAAUUGCUCUUGGGCACAUAUGGUCUCUUUUAGGUAUUGAGACCUUAUCAGUAAUCCAUAAGAUGUAAGAGCAGAAUUAGGCCAUUCAGCCCAUUGAAUCCCUCCAUCAUUCACUCAUGGCUGGAAUGUUUCCAAACCCCGUGGAGUCAAAGAGUAAUACAGCAUAGAAACAGACCCUUCAGCCCAAAUUGGUCCUUGCUGACCAUGGUGCCCACUCACCGACUUCCAAUUGCCCGCAUUUGGUCCAUAUCCUCCAGACUCUUCCCAUCCAUGUACCUAUCCAAAUGUUUUUUAAAUGUUGCUAUUGCACCUUGUCUGACAGCCCAUUCCAUAUAUGCACCACUCUGUGUGAAGAAGUUGCCCCUCAGGUCCUUCCUAAAUCAUUCCCCGCUCACCUUAAACCUGUGCUCUCUGGCUUUCAGAUCCCCAUCCCUAUGCAUUCAUCCUAUCAAUGUCGUUCAUGAUUUUAUACACCUCUAUAAGAUCACCCCUCAUUCUCCUAUGUUCCAAGGAAUAAAGUCGUAAUCCAUUCUCCUACCUUAGAACAUAGAGAAUUACAGCACAAUACAGGCUCUUUGGCUCUCGAUGUUGCACCGACCUUCUUCAAGAACCUAUCUAUCUCUGUCUUAUAUAGGCUCAAUGACUUGGCCUCCACUGCCUUCUGUGGCAAUAAAUUUCACAGAUUAACCACCCUCUUGCUGAAGAAACUACUUUUCUUAGUUCAAAAGGAUUGUCCCUGCAUUCUGACACUGUGCCCUCAGGUCCUAGUCUCUUCUGUGAGUAACAACAUUUUCACCAUGUCUACUCUACCCACUACUACGUAAGAUACCCUCUUCCUUCUAAAUUCCAUUAUGAGCAGACCCAGAGUUGUCAACCGCUCCUCAUAUGACAAACCUGGGGAUCAUUCUUGUGAACCUCCUCUGGACUCCCUCUGACGAAAGUACAUCCUUCCUUAGAUGCAGGGCCCAAAACUGCUCACAAGCUUCCAAAUGCAGUCUGACCAGAGCCUUAUACACCCUCAGCAGUACAUCUCUGCUCUUGUAUUCUCGCCCUCAAAAUCAAUGCCAACAUUGCAUUUGCCUUACUAACUACAGUGCAGCGCUUGCUCAGCACUGACCCUCCAACAGUGCAGCUCUCCCUCAGUACUGCAUCAGUGUGUUGACCAAGGUUUCAGCCUCAGCUUUCUGGGUCUUAUCAAAUGAUUGUGCCAGUGUUCUAUUUCUGACCUCAAAGACAUCAGAGCAGUUCCCUGCUUUUAUGAGUUUGUUUAUUCGUGGAUGUUGCCUGAUCUGUGAUGUUAAAACUUCCGUCUCUGGUCUGUUAUCAGCUGGAUUGGAAAUGGGGAUGUUUAGAAGGAAGUCGUUGUUGGUGUUUCAUCUAUUUUGGGAGACGAUAGAUGGAAUCACCUGGCGGGUUCCUGACUCUGGGAAUUUGACUCCAAAGCCGACAGUAAUAACGCUGAAGGAAAGCAGAGUAGGGAUACGAUGGGAAAUGAAAUUCUGCCAGUGCACCUUCAACUUGUCCAAAGAAGUGAUGGCUUCACUUUGCUGCAGCCCAUUCCCAGCCAGUUCUGUGCAUUAAUAUAAGCCACUGUUCUUUGACCAGCACACUCUUCCCUGAGUGUCAGGAGGCUGCAGAGACUCGAGGCUAAUGCCCUAGUGCAUUGCUGAGGUACGACAGCACUGUUGGAGGUAAACCUAAAAAAUGUCAGGACAGUUAUUCCAGGGGCAAGCAGUGAGAUUAUCCUGGUGCCCUGACCAGUAUUUAUCUCCUAAUGAAUAAUGCAAAAGCAUUAUUUAGUUGUGACUUUGUUGCUGUUUGUGGGAUUGUGCUAAUCGUAUGUAACAGUUCCUAUAUUGCAGUCACGACUACACUUUAAAAGUCAGUCACUUGCUAGUAUCCUGAGGGUUGAGAAAGUUGCCUUCGAAAUUCCUGUCCCUCUUUCUUUAAACCGAUGCAGUCACUCAGGCUGACUCUGGUACUGAACCCAGGGGACUAAGUGGACUAAAUGCUGCUGGAAACCAAUUGCAAUGGCAAGAGUCUGCCACCAGACCUACUGGCCUGAAUCUAUAGCCUUGAGGCUAAAGUCUUCCUUGCACUUCAGUAUUGACAACCCAACUCUAGGACUGAUCUGUUUUAGUCUCCCUUACCUUGAGAAGAGGUUUAAUUUUAAGCGACUUUUUUUUUGUCAUUCCCUGAUCUUUAUGAAUGCCGGUGAGCUGCCACGGGUAGUGAUAGUAUGGUUAUUUGAGGAUGAAGAAUAUUGUAGUUCCACACAGGAAUUUCAGAUACAAUCUGGAAGAGGGAAGGUGGGUUGUUACUGGGUAGUAAUCAGGAGUAGGACCCAUACCUGCUCAGAGUGUUGGUUGCAGUUUUCAGGAACAAUUUGCUGUCUGGGAGCUGCUGUUUCUGUGUUGUGUUUUUAUUCAUUGAGGGGAUGUGGGUGUCGCUGGCCGGGCCAGCAUUUAUUGCCCAUUCUUAGCUGCCCUUAAGAUGGUGGUGGUGGCUACCUUCUUGAACUAUUGCAGUCCACAUGCUGUUGGUAGACCCACAAUAUGGUUAGGGAGGGAAUUCCAGGAUUUAGGAUUAGCCAUAUAUUUCCAAGUCAGGAUGGUGAAUGGCUUGGAGGGGAACUUUCAGGGGGUGGUGUUCCCGUGUAUCUUCUAAGUGGAAGUGGUCGUGAGUUUGUAGGGUAAUUUUGAAAGCACCUUCAAGGAUCCUUUAGGUCCAAACACUUUGAACAGCCUCUGGUUUUAAAUGCUGAAUGUUAACAGCUUGAGUGAGUUGGCCCCUGCCUGCCUCUAGUCUUCCUGAUAGUAUGAGAAUGGCAGAAUGGGAAGAACGAGAAAUAUGAACUGACUGAUUUCUAAACUGAAGUGUGCAUACCCUUGCUUCCUCACUUUGAUGCCUCUUCACUCAAUCACUUGUACAAUCCACUCUGAAACCCCUCGGCAGCUUUAACAUUCAGGAGUGGACCUGGACAUUGAACAACACGUGUCACUGUCUGAAUACUUCCCUGAUCAACAACAAAAAGGUCUUGGCAUCCUUCCCCUGUUUGAACGUGUCUGGGUAUGAGUUGGUUUUAUUUUACACAUUUAAGUAUCAUAGCUGCCCUUCUGAAUGUUUUAGAUGUUGGUGGAAGAGAGCACCACUGCGUGUAAGUAUCAGCGGUAUUAGCAGUUUUGCAAAUGAGUGAUGCCUGACAUGCUGCAAAGCAUGCACACCCCCGUGUUAAAAUGCGACAUUGCAUUCUGUGUAAAACUAUCCAUAGACAAUUGGCAGCUGUGUGUAUCAGACAUGCACAGUGCACUUAUUCUUGUAUUUAAACAGUCAAUGUCCAAAGUUGCCAAGCGACUGAAGGGGCUUUCAAAUGUAAAUAAAUUGUAAAUGCUGCUGUUUAAUGCCGUAAUAAAAAAGAUUGUAUAGAAGUAUC